AGAGCAGUAGCUCUAGCAAACAUGGGCAAAGACCACCCCGAUGCGAAUCUCCACCCAGAGGCGACAGGACUAGCAGCUAAGACAGUCCAGACGCACUCCGCAGAGAACGACCUCAAACUAUAUUCCGGCUGGUUCUGCCCCUUUGUCCAGCGCGUCUGGAUCGCACUCGAAGAGAAAGGCAUCCCAUACCAAUACAUCGAAGUCAACCCCUACCACAAGCCACAAUCACUGCUGGACUUGAACCCUCGCGGCCUCGUCCCCACGUUGCAGCACCAAGGCAAACCCCUCUACGAAAGCACAGUGCUCUGCGAAUUCCUCGAAGAAGCCUACCCAGACCACAAACCCGCGCUGCUCCCAUCGGACCCGUAUCUGCGCGCACGAACGCGCAUCUGGACAGACUAUGUCGGCUCUCGCAUCAUCCCCGCCUACCACCGCUUCCUCCAGCAUCAGGGUGAAGACGGCUUGAAAGAAAAGAAAACUGAGUUCCUCAACCACCUCAUGGAGUUCACGUCCGAAAUGGAUCCCACGGGGCCUUUCUUCCUCGGCGCAGAGCUCUCGCUCGUCGACAUCGUGCUCGCGCCGUGGGCGGUCCGAGUAUGGGUGUUUGACCACUUCAAGGGCGGCUCUGGGAUUCCGUCCGAAGGCCACGGGGGAGCGGGUGAGGCGGUAUGGAGGCGCUGGAGGACGUGGGUGAAGGCGGUGGAGGAGAGGAAGAGCGUCAGGGAGACGCUGAGUGAGCGGCAGCAUUACUUGCCGAUUUAUGGGCGGUAUGCGAGGGAUGAGGCGCAGAGUGAGGCGGCGAAGAGCAUCAGGGCUGGGAAGGGGAUUCCUUGAUUGAGCGUUGGGUGGUGCGUUGGAGCGAUGUUUGUGCGGUUGUUG